AUGGCUAGCAAUCCAAAGGUGCUCCGCUUCACGGAGGCGAUGAAGCUGGUCUACGGACCCUUCGACCAUGUAUCUGAAGAGGCUGCGCGGAAGUGGACCGCUCCAGAGAAGCCCGGUGCUGGGGGCCAUCGCGGCCGGUAUCUGUGGACGGAUGCCUUCGGGGUCGUCAACUUCAUCACGCUGUCUCAGGAGACAGCUUCCCCGCUUUACCUCACUUUAGCAAAGCGGCUCGCUAGAACCGUCCACGAGGUCCUCGGCCGCACUCGUGACGGUACGGGCCGCCUGCCACGGGCCACCGACGCGGAGCCGCUUAAUGGCGGCCUUCGCAUCGGCAAGCUCUCGGAGCACGGCAGCGAUUGUGACGGCCAGUACCACCACUAUCUGACGCUCUGGAUGUUUGCGCUCAACCGCCUGGCCGUCGCAACUGGCGAAAGCGAGUACAACCAGCUCGCCGUGCAGCUUGCCAAAGCAAUCCACCCGCACUUCGUUAUCCACCGAGAUGGCCAAGCCCUCCGCAUGGUCUGGAAGGUCUCUACCGACAUGAACUCCGUUCUCGUCCCCUCCGAAGGCCACCUCGACGCGGCUACGGGCUUCGUGGUCUACCGCCUCCUGCAGCACACGGCAGGGCGGUUGCACGAGGGUCCUUCGGAUGUGCUUGGCAGCGAGAUCGCGGAUUACAGACAGCUUAUGAGCCGGAGCGGCCGAAUGCACGCUAGUCGGGAUCCGCUAGAUUUGGGCAUGGGGCUGUGGAUAUGUCACUUCUUCAGAGACGAGGACUGGGCGGCGGCGCUGGGCGCUCAGAGUUUGGAGAUGGCGAGGACCAUGUUCGACGAGAAGAAGGGUCUGAUGGCGAGGGAUGCGUCGCGACGACUGGCGUUCAGGGAGUUUGGGACAUGCUUGGGAUUGCAGUGCUAUGGGGUGGGUGAGGACUUGGAGAAGGGGGUGGAGGCGGUGGUGAAUUUCUGGCAUCACUACAUUGAGGAGUCGACGGACGAGGAUCUGCGCCCCAUCUCGUUGGCCAUGUAUGCCGCGGCGCUGAUCCCUGGAGGUGAACGGGAACUGCACUCCCCUGCUCUGCGAAAGCUGCCUGCCAUCUUUGCCCGAGGGGGAACAUCCAAUGGUCUUGUUUUCUGGAAGCACCACCUGCCGCCCGCCCUAGACAUGGCAGGCAACUGUGGGAACAUGUCGUCCAUCGUUGGCCCGGUCGGCUUCGACGACGGUCCCUGCCCGUUAGGCCGAGUUGAAGAGGACCCCGAGACAGGUGCACGCACGGGCGUAGUGCGCAUCUUGAACACCAACACGUCCAAGGUGGUGGUUUCGAGAUUCCCCGUUGUUGGAGACCCGCCCAGGUACUGGCCCCACGGUGAUUACGAGAUGGAUGGUGUGCCCGGGAAGCACUCCAAGAUCUCGCUCAGCUUCCUCAGGCCUGGGGGUGCCAAGACCGGCCGGACCUUACCAACAGGCAACGUUGUCGAUACCCUUACUCUGCCCGACGGGACCACUGUCGAAGCAUCUCUCGUCGAUGUGUCCAACCCAGGCGUAUUUGUUCGGCUCUCCGACCUGGCCAUCCAGGACUCCGCAUAUCUGGAUCCUCCCGCAGUCGAAGCGAACAGGGGGCUCAAGGUCCGCCUGGAACAGAUCCGUCAGGCCGGCGCCUCUAUGAUGGGCCUGGAUCCCGGAACGGAGAGCGUUCCCAAGAUUGUUGUCGUGUUUCCUCCGAACAUUGCUCAGCAGAGCCCGGGAGUCAAUCUCAGGUGCCUCGCUCUGUCGAUGGGGCAGGCACAUAAGGCUGUGCCGCUGACACUGGCACUGUGUGUUGGUGCCGCCGCAGGGCUGAAGGGUACAAUACCCAACCAGCUUGCUGUCGGGAUGCUCGAGGGCGAUUCCAUUGUUAUCGGACAUCCAAGUGGCACGCUGGACGUGGGGACGAAGGUCGAAGGUGGCGAGGUCCUCUCGGCCCAGCUGUACAGAACUGCUCGCGUGCUGAUGAGGGGCGAGGUCUUCUACUGA